AUGUCUGGUCUUCCGCCGCCACCAUUCUUUCUUCAAAAUCCUGGUAAGCCUCCGCAAACCUGGCUGUCAUGGCGGAAAUCGUUCCAGAAUUACCUCAUCGCAACUGGACUGGACAGUGAAUCCGCAACGCGUCGCAAGGCGAUUCUUUACCACUGCUUGGGAAGCGAAGGUCAACGGAUCUUCGAUUUGCUACCAUCGGGUGAUUCUUCAACUACAUCAUCAGGUUCGGGAGACUCUACUGGGCAACCGGAUAUUUUCGCAAAGUCUUUGCACACGUUGGACGUGCACUAUGAUGUCACGACAAACGCAAUCGCCGAACGACAUAAUUUUCGACAACGUCGUCAACAAUCUGGUGAAACGACGGACAACUACCUCAUUGCACUUCGUCAGCUAGCUAACAGCUGCGAUUUUGGAUCCACAUGCGACGCAAUGCUCAGGGACCAAAUUGUGGAGAGUACGAAUGUUCCUCACCUCCGUGAGCGCUUGCUACUCGAAGGCUCUGGCCUUACCUUGGAUAGGACUCUGGCUCUCGCGCGUCAGUUUGAGCAAACACAGAAGGAAGUGAAACAAUUCCACAAGUACGAAGAAGAUUUCACUGUACAAGAAGUUGUCAAGCGACGAUUCAAGCAGACUGCUAACAAGCAGUUCCGAACUGGUAACAGACCAUCGGUACCGACGUCAGGCACACAUUGCUUUCGUUGCGGGUCAGCGGAUCAUCUCGCGAACUCACCUUCAUGCAGAGCAAGAAACAAAAAGUGUUUGGCUUGCAAUAAGAUAGGACACUUUCGGUCGGUCUGCCGAUCUUCUGGCCGAGUUCGUACAUUAGCUUCGGAUCUGAGCACUUCUGGGUCGACCUCGCAAGACGACAGCCCAACAGUACUCCAACUUGGAUCACCCGAAACGAGGCGCAAGACUGGAAUAUAUCUUACAGUAAAUGUUGAAGGCACCAACGUCGAUUUCCUGUUGGAUACAGGUUCGUCAGUAUCCAUUAUUUCUGCAGCAAUUUACAACAAGCACUUCUCUGGCAUUACAUUGAGGCCGACGUCCAUCAACCUCUUCGACUACUCAAGAAGCCGCAUCGCUAUAGUCGGUUGCUUCCCAGCAUCGGUAACCCACAAGAACCGCAAAGUGUGUGUGAUCUUCUACGUCGUUUCGAGCGGUACAACUCUACUGGGCCUUGACGCGCUCACCGCACUGGAACUUAGGAUCGACGGGCUCGACCUUACGUGCUCAAACACAGUAUCUACUCCAUUACCGUCAGUACUCGCUUCAGAUUUCGAACACCUGUUUGAUGGUACGCUAGGAAUUGCAAAGAACUACGUGCACAAGGUGAAAGUGCGGUCGGAAGUCAAGCCCGUUACUGGUAAAUUGCGACGGCUACCGCUCACAGUUCGCGAACAAGUUUCAGACGAACUGCGACGACUAGAAGAGCAAGAUAUAAUAGAGAAGAUUACUGCGUCGGAAUGGGUAUCACCAAUCGUGGUGGUGAAAAGGAAAGAUGGCUCCAUCCGCCUUUCUGUGGACCUCCGGGAGCCAAACAAGGCAGUCAUACCAGAUUGUUUCCCCUUGCCCCAUACAGAUGAACUGCUAAAUGCCCUGUCUGGAGCUACGCGUUUCUCCAAGCUCGAUUUAGCUUCAGCAUAUCAUCAAGUUCCUUUACAUCCAGACAGCAGGGAUCUAACAGCAUUUAUAACCCACGAUGGCCUUUACCGUUUCAAACGUGUAUGCUUUGGAAUUGCAUCCGCUCCGUCAGCGUUCCAGCUUAUGAUGUCACUCCUACUGCAAGGCUGUCAAGGAGUAUUAUUCUAUAUUGACGACAUCAUCGUGUACGGGCGAACUAAGCAGGAGCAUAUGGACAACCUUCGAGCAGUUCUACAACGACUUUCGCAAGAAGGCUUGCGGCUCAACCACAAGUGCAUUUUUGACGUCCCCGAACUGACUUUCUUAGGACAUACUGUGAGUGCUCGAGGGCUCUCACCUUUGCCAUCGGCUACGGAAGCCAUCGAGAAAGCCCCUCCGCCAACCGACAUAUAUCUCUUCGGUCAUUUCUUGGCCUUGUCGGUUAUUAUGGCAAAUUUAUUCCGCAUUAUGCACAGGUCCUGGAGCCACUGA